AUGUCCCCCAACCUGGACAGCGCCAUCAAGAGCCAGGUGCCGGCGCUGCUCCUGAGGCGGCUCUUCGGCGCGUCCCGGCGGGACGAGGCCAAGCAGCUCCAGCGGACCCCGGCGCCGGCUCCGGUGGGAAGGCGGCGGGUGUUCGUGCAGACGGAGACCGGCUGCGUGCUCGGCAUGGACCUGGACCGCGGGGACAACGCGCACACCGUCAAGCGCCGGCUGCAGCUCGCGCUCAACGUGCCCACUGGCGAGACCUCGCUCACCUUCGGCGAUCGCGUCCUGGAGAACGACCUCUCCUUCAUACGCCCGGACUCGCCGCUGCUGCUCACCCGGAACAGCAUCAACCGGAGCUGCUCCACCCCGUGCCUCUGCCCCGUCUCCAAGGACUUCGAGCACAAGGACUGCAGUGGCCUGGUUGAGAUGCUUGGCUGCUCCAGCAGCUGCGCCCGGGUGAAGCGCCUUGUCGACGACGUGGUGACUGCCAUCAGGAGCGGCGUGGAUCCGGUCCCCAUUAGCAGUGGCCUUGGUGGCUCGUACUACUUCAGGAACGUCUUGGGCGACAGGGUUGCUAUUGUGAAGCCGACGGACGAGGAGCCCUUUGCACCAAACAAUCCCAAGGGGUUUGUCGGGAGGGCGCUUGGUCAGCCGGGCCUGAAGAAAUCUGUGCGAGUAGGAGAGACAGGGUUUAGGGAGGUCGCGGCGUUCCUGUUGGACCAUGAUAACUUUGCCAAUGUUCCUGCGACAGCUCUGGUGAAGAUAACACACUCCAUCUUCAACAUAAAUUGUCCGGUAAAUGGAGGAAAUCUGGCACCCGCUCAUGACCAGCAACAGCAAGUUAACAGCAAGAUUGCUUCAUUCCAGCAGUUCAUCGCCCAUGACUUCGACGCCAGCGACCAUGGCACGUCAAGCUUCCCUGUUGCUGCUGUUCAUAGGAUCGGCAUACUAGAUAUCCGGAUUUUCAACACUGACAGGCAUGGCGGCAAUGUGCUGGUGAGGAAGCUUAAAGGUGGCACAGGCCGCUUUGGUUGCCAGACAGAGCUGUUCCCAAUUGAUCACGGCAUGUGCUUGCCGGAGAACUUGGAGGACCCUUACUUCGAGUGGAUUCAUUGGGCUCAGGCUUCUAUUCCGUUCUCUGAGGAAGAACUCGAGUACAUAAGAAAUCUUGAUCCAACGAAAGAUGUGCAGAUGCUGCGCAGAGAACUUCCAAUGAUACGUGAGGCCUGCCUACGUGUUCUGGUCCUGUGCACAAUCUUCCUUAAGGAGGCUGCAGCUUUCGGACUCUGCUUGGCAGAGAUAGGUGAGAUGAUGACAAGGGAGUUCAGAGGGAUGGAGGAGGAACCAAGCCAGCUGGAGGUUGUGUGUAUGGAGGCCAGGAAGAGAGUAGCAGAGUGGGAGCCCUUCUCUGCCACAGCUGAACAUGGAGAAGAUACUGAUUUCCAAUUUUCCAUGGAUGUGGUAGGAGAAUACAAUGAUGUAAUGCGAUCACCAAGGUUCAAUGGCUCGGGUUCCAAGGGGUCCAGUUUCAGAAGCCCUUUGUCUAAGCUCGUCGAGAGCGUUGAUGAGGGCAGUGAUGGCCAUGAAGAUCAAAACGAGUAUGAUCGAGUCUUCUAUGCUGGAUGGAAUACACCCAACAAUCCUAGCAAACCUAUAGGUCAGAACGGCAAUGCUUCAAAAAGUGCCAUGAACAGGAGCGCUGAUGAACAACUUCCAUCAAGUAUGUGUUUUGUCAGGCUGUCGGAUAUGAGUGCAGAUGAGUGGGAUGUAUUCCUUGAAAAAUUCCAGGAACUGCUGAAAGAGGCACUACACGAGAGCGCAAGGGCAGCAGCAGGUCAAAGGAUGAAGCAGCGCCUGGGCACUUCAUGCAAGUUUUGA